AUGCGUACAUUGAAUCUCUUUCAAACAGAAUUUAGUACAAAUGAUACUCGACGACAAGAAAUUAUAUCCACACGUCUAUAUCUUGGUUUAGUGAUAGGUUUCACAAUUAUUCUCUUUCUUUACACUGGAUUAAUCGAACGAACAACAACUAUUAUGGUUCCAACUCCAUCGAUAUCAACUUAUGUAAGUCUUCAAGAACGUUAUUCGGACACAUUGCAAUGUCCUUGUUCUACUAUAUCAAUACCAUACCAAGAAUUCAUUAUCUAUCUUAAUGCCACAUUUCAUCCUAUUUGCUCACGUUCUGAUUUCUUAAGUGCAUGGCAUAACUAUUUUUAUAGAUACCGAACUACUAUUGUGUAUUGGAUUCAUUCAGAUGAUUUUCGUAGUUGGGCUAUUGUGUUCUUUAAUUUUCUCGAAAAGUAUUGUGAACAAGCAACUAUAACUGUUGCUGAUGUCAUCGAACAGUUUAAAUCGGAUUUAUUUGUAUCAUCUGAAGUUAUGUUUCCCAUUUUAUUUGAAACACAGAUUGAAAUGAUACUCAAAUUAUUUCAAAAGUCAACUUCGAUUCUAUUUGCUCGUCAACUACAAAUGUUUCGGAAUAUUAGUGUAGGACAUGGUUUAAUAUCGAAUUUGGGAAUUAAUAUAGAAUUGAAGUUAGAUCGAAUUGCUGUCGAUGCUCCGGUUCUUGUUAUACCAAAAACGUAUAAGAAUGGAACUUGUUCAUGUGCAACUUCAAGUAACUGUGUAGAAUUGGCAAGUUUCUAUAAUCGCACUCAUGACAUCGUCUACACUAUUGAAAAGAUUUAUACUGGAUGUUUUAUACUUGAAUCAAUUCUGCAUUCAUCUCUCACUUGCUUUUUCUCAAAUUCAUGUAUGAUCGAUCUUAUGAGUGCAACGAAUCUUGGCAACCCAAAUCUGGCUGCGCUAACUGAAAUAAUGGAUAUUUCACCACUAGAAUUUGCAUCACCAAUAUCUAAUUUUAACAUCAAUGACACAAUCGAAACCAUGGUUUAUCAAUUGUUUAUUGAUUCUUGGUCAAAUGAAACAUCGUAUGAACGAUAUUACAAUGCAUGUGCACCAAUUAAGUGUAUUUAUUUGAAGGAAAAGCGUUUGAAUGUUAUUUAUGCAGUAACAAUUUUCUUAACUGUAAUCAAUGGACUCUUACUAGGACUUCGUUCUGUUGUCCCAUUAUUCGUUCGGCUGUUAUACAAAUUAGGUAAUCGUAUCCGUACAUUAUGCUCAUGA